AACGCGACGACCAUGGCCGCGUCCUCCGCCGCAGCCUCCUCGAAGUCCGACCGCGCGGCCCUCCUCAAGGCCUUCGACGAGUCCCGCACCGGCGUCCGCGGCCUCGUCGAGUCCGGCGUCUCCACCGUCCCCGACCUCUUCGUCCACCCCGACCCCUACGCCUCCGUCCCGCUUGCUCCCCCGGGCAUCUCCAUCCCCGUCGUUGACCUUUCCCUCCCCGCGCACCUCGUAGCCGCCGCCACCGCGGCGGCCGCCCGCGACUGGGGCUUCUUCCACCUCGUCAACCACGAGGCCCUCGUCCCCUCCGGCCACCCCGCGAGGGCCCUCGCCGCGGUGUGCGCCUUCAACGAGCUCCCCGCCCUCGAGCGCGCCGCGCACUACGGCCGGGCCUUGUCCGGCGGGGUCAGCUACUCCUCGAACGUCGACCUGUUCCAGUCCCCCGCGGCGAGCUGGCGCGACACCGUCCAGGUGAUGUUCGGGCCUACGCCGCCCAACACCGAACGCAUACCGUCGGUGUGCCGCUCUGAAGUCAUCGAGUGGGAAGUACAUGCCGCCGCGGUGGCCCGUGCCGUGAUGGCGCUGCUCUCCGAGGGGCUUGGGCUCGGGGGUGCGGCGCUGGAGGAGACCUCGUGCCUGGAGGGGAAGCUCAUGGUCUGCCAUUACUACCCGGUGUGCCCCGAGCCUGAGCGCACCAUGGGCUUAGUCCCGCACACCGACCCCGGCGUGCUCACCGUCCUUGCGCAGGACGGCGUUGGUGGUUUGCAGGUGAAGCACACCAAUGGGGACGGGGAGAGCUUCUGGGUGGACGUGAAGCCUGCACCGGGCGCGCUUGUGAUCAAUGUCGGGGACCUCUUGCAGAUAAUGUCAAAUGAUAAGUACAAGAGCGUCGAACACAGGGUGGUGAUGAAUUCACGUGAGGAAGCUAGAGUUUCAAUUGCUGUCUUCUUCAAUCCUGGAAAGCGAGGGGAAUCAGUUUUGUAUGGGCCGUUGCCAGGGCUGGUUUCUACAGAAAACCCACCAAAGUACAGGCGUUUCACGAUGUUUGAGUUUUUGGGGGCCUUCUUCAAACGUGACCUUGCCAGCAAAGCUCUACUUGAGCACUUCAAACUGUAAGAUGAAUCAAACGUCCCCCCCGCAAAAAAAAAAAAAGAGAAUCAAACGUCACCAAACAAUGUUUAAGCUUGUGUACGUGUAAGUAUGACAGUAUGUAGCCAUCUCAGGGCCAGUGUUGUUCUGUGAGAAUGCGCUACAGUUAUUCUACCUUUACACAGUGCACGCUUCUGUCUGUUU